AUGGACGAAGUUGCAUCUUAUGAAGUCAAAAAUUUAUGUGGUCUGAUGGAUGCUAUAUUUUCUGAAGCUGUUUCCGAUGAAAUAGCGAAAAUACGUAAGGAAAAGUAUUGUGACUGUAAAGUGGAUUACCCGAGUCAGAGAAGACAUGAAUGUCUCAUGUUAACACUUGAAGAAAGUUGGACAACGUACGGUUUGGACGCCAUCGAGCAAGUAAUCGAACGGGGAAUACUCUGGAAACUGUUUAACGAAGCUAUUCAUGUGCUGAAAUUGGAUUAUUACGAAGUUGUAAGAGAACAUUAUGAGAACUUGACUAAAAAUUAUGAAACAACUCUUGAAUUCCUAAAGGAUUUGAGGUAUAACUCAGAAUUUUUCGACUACCAAGCUAUUUUGGGUUAUCUAUAUUACUGGAGCGAAAACCAGUGUGCAUGA